AAACUUAAUGGAGAGCAUCAAUGGCCGGCGGUAGACAAUCUGAGGAGGCUAUUGCUAUUUCAAUUAUUUUUCCCCCAAGCUAGGAACGAUUUGUACAUUGUAUAGUCCUUAAAAUAUGGAGUCGCAGAAGUUGAUUCUACUUGUAUUUGGACUUUUAUUUUUUCAGCCGUGUGCAAUGACUCAUAUUGAGGAAAUACGUGACUUUUUCGUUCGCGUUGUGCACUGCAUCCUGUCUAUCCAGCAGAACCCAGCAGCCGGACACUUCUCCGAGCUGUGGAGCCAUACCAGGACUGUCGGUGCCAUGACUUCUGUGGUUCGUUGUGCUGAAAGCUCAGAGUCAAGAGAGUGUGCUGCACUAUUAGAGUCACUCCACAGACAGUUAUUGCUUAUUUUACAACAAACUUCAUUUCAAGAAGGAAUUAUUAUUCCACCGACAACUCGAAGUGGUGCUCCUGGUCGGCCAAGGUACGGCCUGACACUGGACCAGAUAAACCAGUGUUUGGAUCUAGGGCUGAACUGGCAAGGAAUUUCUCUGUUGUUUGGGAUAGACCGACGAACCUUAUUUCGUCACAGGCAACGUCUCAACGCCCCAUCGCGAGAUUACACACCACUGUCUGAUGAGUGUUUGAUGUCUAUCAUCAGACAUAUUUUAUCAAACACGCCCAGUGCUGGUGAAACAUAUGUCCACGGCAGCCUCCGCCGCAGGGGGAUACUUGUGCAGCGUUGGAGGGUCCGCCAAGUCCUCAGACACAUCGACCCGAUCAGACGAUGUUUUCGUCGCAGUCAAGCAAUUCGUCGAAGAGUCUACCAUGUGCAGGGACCUAAUGAGUUAUGGCAUAUUGACGGAAACCAUAAGCUUAUCAGCUGGAGGGUGGUGUUCCAUGGCUGCGUGGAUGGGUACAGUCGGACAAUCAUAUACCUUGAGUGCCUUACAAAUAACAGGGCUUCCAGUGUAUUGUCCUUAUUCCAGGAAGGAGUUCAAAAUUUUGGAUUACCAUCACGAGUCACAGAGAACACUGAGGUGGCUCGAUACAUGCUGAGACAAAGAGGACUGAACAGAGGCAGUAUAAUAACAGGUCGAAGGGUUCACAAUCAACGUAUUGAAAGGCUUUGGGCUGAGCUUAAUCGUGUGGUUUCAUACCAUUAUUCUGACCUAUUUACAUUUAUGCAGGAUGAAAAUAUACUUGAUUCCUUGUCCGAAGUACACGAUUAGUUUGCACUACAUUUAUUUACCACGGAUCCAGAGGGCUGUCAGGGAAUUCAGAGACCAAUGGAAUCAUCAUGCACUACGAACUGAGAGACACAGGACACCUUUACAGUUGUGGUAUGAAGGCAUGAUCACCAACGCUGGACAGAACAGCACAGCUGUAAGGAGUGUGUUUA